GUCCCUUACACAAUAUUUUUUAGUGUAUAUAUACAAAUGCAUGCUAUGUCACAUUUAAGCUCAUCUUCCUCGAAACUACUCGUUCUUCACUUCCUUAAUCCCAAAUAACUCUAUAUUGUGUGGUUGUCAUUUUCCUUGGUUCUUUCUUUGUAUUUUCCCCCAAAGAUUAUAUAUAAUGGACACCAAAGUGCUUUCUUCCGGAAUCCAUUAUUCAAAAUUACCCGAAAGCUACAUCAGACCCGAAUCUGAUAGACCAUGUCUUUCUCAAGUCUCUGAGUUCGAAAAUGUUCCUAUCAUUGAUUUGGGUUCUCACAACAGAACACAGAUUGUGCAGCAAAUUGGUGAAGCAUGCAGCUCCUAUGGUUUUUUCCAGGUAGUUAAUCAUGGGGUGCCACUAGAAGAAUUGAAAAAAACAGCAGAAGUGGCAUAUGAUUUUUUCAAGUUGCCAGUGGAGGAGAAAAUGAAGUUGUAUUCAGACGAUCCAACAAAGACAAUGAGACUAUCUACAAGUUUUAAUGUGAACAAAGAGGAGGUGCAUAAUUGGAGGGACUACCUUAGACUUCAUUGCUAUCCUUUGGAUAAUUAUGUGCCAGAAUGGCCUUCUAAUCCUCCUUCAUUCAAGGAAACUGUGGCAAAUUACUGCAAAGAAGUUAGGGAAUUGGGGUUGAGAAUAGAAGAAUACAUAUCAGAGAGCUUGGGCCUAGAAAAAGAUUACUUAAGGAAUGCUUUAGGUGAACAAGGGCAGCACAUGGCAGUGAAUUACUAUCCACCAUGCCCACAACCAGAACUUACUUAUGGAUUGCCAGGGCAUACAGACCCAAAUGCACUUACAAUUCUACUCCAAGAUCUUCAUGUUGCUGGCCUACAAGUCCUCAAAGAUGGCAAGUGGCUUGCUAUUAACCCAAUUCCUGAUGCCUUUGUUAUUAACAUAGGUGAUCAACUGCAGGCUUUGAGCAACGGGCUUUAUAAGAGUGUUUGGCAUCGGGCUAUUGUCAAUGCUGAGAAACCAAGACUUUCUGUGGCUUCAUUUCUCUGCCCAGAUAAUGAGGCAUUGAUAUGUCCUGCAAAGCCACUCACAGAAGAUGGAUCUGGAGCUGUGUACAGAGGAUUUACAUAUCCAGAAUACUAUAGCAAGUUCUGGAGUAGGGACUUGGAAAAAGAACACUGUUUGGAAUUUUUCAAGAACAAUUAACCUUUAAGAUGCGAUAGGUACAAAAUAAGGGUGAAAAAUGAGGGAGUUAUUUGACAAAACAAAGUUUCAGUCUCCCUUCUUCGUAUCCAAUCCUCAGUCCUAUGAAGCAGUGUGUAAUUUUCAAUUCUUUUUUGCUUUUGCAGUUUCUAUUGUCCAUGCAUUUGCCUAGUAAAUGUUCUUCCUACAAAUACGUUUCUGUUUUAAUAAUAAUGUAACACAGAAUGCACUGAAUCUCGAUGUAUUUUAUACAGUGUCGGGGUAUACAAGUGUCAAUUUUGUGUGUUUGAAUAAUGUUGCUCUUUGCUUAUUGCAAAUUGUAGUUUGCAUCAUAAGUUUAUGUCAGACUAUAGUUGAUUAGCUGCGAAACUCAAAUUGAUUCGUUUUUUUUUA